AUGAGCCCCCCCGCCCCUGCCUUCAACACGCCCUCGGCCCCCCCCACCGAGCCCCCGCUCUUCAGCAAGAAGAAGAAGACCAUCCGCCUGUUCUGGAGCGAGGUGCGGCCGUCUGAGUACCAGUACCAGGACUACAGCCGCAGCGGAGACUCCCUCUGGUCCAAACUGGAGCCCGUCAAAGUGGACACGGCCAAACUGGAGCACCUGUUUGAGACCAAAUCCAAGGAGAUCGCCGUGACCAAGAAAACGGCGGCGGACGGCAAGCGGCAGGAGGUCAUAGUGCUGGACUCCAAGAGGAGCAACGCCAUCAACAUCGGCAUGACAGUACUGCCCCCCCCACGCACCAUCAAGACCGCCAUCGUCAACUUUGACGAGUACGCGCUCAACAAGGAGGGCAUAGAGAAAAUCCUGACCAUGAUCCCCACGGAGGAGGAGAAGCAGAGGAUCCAGGAGGCCCAGCUGGCCAACCCCGAUGUGCCGCUGGGCUCGGCGGAGCAGUUCCUGCUCAGCCUGUCCUCCAUCAGCGAGCUGUCGGCGCGCCUGCAGCUCUGGGCCUUCAAGCUGGACUACGAGGCCACCGAGAAGGAAGUGGCAGAGCCCCUGCAGGACUUGAAGGAAGGGAUGGAGCAGCUGGAGAAGAACAAAACGCUGCGCCACAUCCUCUCCACGCUGCUCGCCAUCGGGAACUUCCUCAACGGAACCAACGCGAAGGGCUUUGAGCUGACCUACCUGGAGAAGGUUCCGGAGGUGAAGGACACGGUGCACAAGCAGUCCCUGCUGCACCACGUCUGCUCCGUGGUGGCCGAGAACUUCCCCCAGAGCUCCGACCUCUACUCCGAGAUCGGCGCCAUCACCCGCUCCGCCAAGGUGGACUUCGACCAGCUGCAGGAGACCCUGACCCAGAUGGAGCGCCGCUGCAAAGCCUCCUGGGACCACCUGAAGGUGAUCGCCAAGCACGAGAUGAAGGCCCAGCUCAAGCAGAAGAUGUCGGACUUCCUCAAGGACUGCGCCGAGCGCAUCAUCAUCCUGAAGAUCGUCCACCGCCGGAUCAUCAACAGGUUCCACGCCUUCCUGCUGUUCCUGGGCCACCCGGCCUACAGCGUGCGUGAGAUCAGCGUGCACCGCUUCAGCAAGAUCCUCAGCGAGUUCGCGCUGGAGUACCGGACCACGCGCGACCGCGUGCUGCAGCAGAAGCAGAAGCGCGCCGACCACCGCGAGCGCAACAAGACGCGCGGGAAGAUGAUCGUGGACGUCAACGCGCCGUCUGAUGAAGAAGAGGAGGGCGAGGGCGGUCGCUACGGCUCAGGCGGGCUGAGCAACAGCAGCAGCGCCCCUAGUGGCCACCUGGAGAGCGAGCAGCCCCAGGGCCUGGGCCACGCUGAGGACGCGGCCGAGCACGAGAGCAUGAAGGCGGUGCUGAGAGCCAGCCUGGGAGGAGGAGGAGGAGGAGGAGCAGGAGGAGGAGGAGCAGGAGGAGAAGGGGAGCGAGAGGUCCCCUUGCUAGCAGGGCUACGGCGGACACGCUCACGCCCCGGUCGUGGAGGUCGCAUUGUGCAAGCGUGGACGCCGCCUGCCCCCGAGGACUCCCCGGCGUGCGGCGACGACGCGGCCGAUGAGAUCAUGGAGCGCAUCGUGAGGUCGGCCACCCAGGGGCCCGGCACCAGGACCCAGCCCCGCGAGAGGAGGAGGUCACGGGCCAACCGCAAGUCCCUGAGGCGCACCCUGAAGACAGGACUCACCCCAGAGGAGGCCCUGGCUUUGGGGCUGUGCGACUCCCCGGAACUGCAGUGACGUGACCUCCAGGCUGCAAGACAAGCCAGGCUCAGCCCGGACCUAACAUCUCUCGCACCGUCGCCUUCCCCCUCCCUCCGCUCCCCUGCCCUCCCCUGUUUUGGUUUGUUCCGUUUUUGUUGUGUUGUGCUCCGCUUAGCCAAUCAGCAACACCGUAGCUCCCCGCCGCUAGCGAAUCACGCGCUUGUUCAAGGUGUGUGACUGACAAGGCAACAAUUGCAUUUUGCUACAGGGGUUGGUCCUCCUGGAAGGGAGUAAGGAACCACUUAGCACAGUGAAGAAGGGACGCAGUGUAAUUGAAAAGCACAAGGUUGUGUCUAAUGAUGGGAGACAGACUGAAAUACAAACACGUUUAAGCCCUGUUGAAUGGCGUCGCAAAGAGAUGACAGCCGACACAAUGUAAACCUGCAACUCGGAUACUCGUCGCCGUUCAGUCUACUUAACGCUGUGAACUAAGGUCAUGAAGACUGGUAUUAUUAUGGGAUUGAUCCAGAAGAAACAGACACUUUACUAUCUAGUAGUUCUGACUGCCCCAGCUGGACGUCAACACCGACACAACACAGCAACGCUUUUGCUAAGAACCUAUAGUGCGUGUUUAUGGGUGUGUCUGUUGCGCGUGUUUGUGUGUGUGUGGGCAAAAUGCAGCUUUUGUUUGGUCAUGCCAGGCAAUCUGGGGCAGAGGUUAGGACAGUGAGGUUUAGGUGGAAUCAAACUCACGUGUGCCUUUGAUUUCUAAAAGGACAACAGAAUACCUGUUUGACCACUCUCUCUCUCUCUCUCUCUCUCCCUCACUCCCUUUCUCUCUCUUACAUUUUCUCAGUCACUUUCUCACUGUGUUUUUAUAUCCGGCUACUUUUCAACGUCUCACAUGAACAUUUUAUGGUUUAGCUAAGUAAAUAUAUAGCUAUUCUAAAGGUUUUAUCCUUUUUUGUUUGUCCGAAGAUGAAGAUCCUUUUUAUUUUCUAAUUUAUUAUAAAUGAAAACGGAGAGUCACCAGGUUACCACAAGACGUGACAUCUUGCACCUUACGUUGCUUUUAAAGCGCAAGCUUUAUCUAAAUAAAUUAUACAGAUAGAAGGACUACAUUUUUAUCUCAGCGAAACUGUUUAUAAAGUGUAAAAAAAGAGAAGAAAAUAGAAAGAGUUUUAAAUUGUAAAAUAACGGUAUUUUGAAGGACAGAGAACGCCGUAUGUGUACAUGCCCUCCUCGGCUGCUUAGUACCACCGCGUACUGUUGUGUGCAUGUGUAGUGUUAUUUUGUAUGGUUUUGUAUUUUCUUUUCUGUAGAAACUUGUAUAGCCUGACAGUGAAGGGUUCACUAAAUAACCUAAUCACGUGAAUUUAUAAUUUUGAGAAAAAGUGCAAACACACAAAACAAUAUAAACUACAAACAGACAGCACGGCCACAGCUGACAUGAAUUGUUUUGACCUUUUUGGUUUGGAGAGUUUAUAUGGACUUUAUGAAUGUGUGUUGUCGGUACGCUCAGCCAGCCUUGUGCAUGCUGUUGAAGUGACCUGUUAAAACUCCCACUCUGCUGCCAGAACAGAAAGGCAAACGGCAGUAUCACUUGAAGAAAUGUCACUUUUACAAAUGGGUAAGGUAAACACGCAAGACCCAUGGUUACA